CAGCCCCGAGUCACAUGUUCUCUAUGCUGCUGCUGCAGCAGCUGACUGGAUACCUGCCUCGACAUUGUGGACAGCACGGCCCCUUCUGUGGGAAGUGUUAUUGAUGCAACUCUAAGGGAAACUCGGCUUUGGUGUCACAUCAUUUUGCCAUGCUGAUUACAUUGUGGUAUUUAUACCUUGCAGCUCGGAGCGUCGCUGAACAAAGCAACACUAAAAAUGGCUUCAGUCCUGGAAAAGCUGAUCACCCCACUGAUCAGCGGUCCUCCUGAGCCCCCCAGAAAUAAAGUGACAGUAGUGGGUGUGGGUCAGGUUGGCAUGGCCUGUGCUGUCAGUAUUCUUCUCAGGGAGCUGGCAGAUGAGCUAGCCCUGGUAGACGUGGUGGAGGACAAGCUGAAAGGCGAGAUGAUGGAUCUGCAGCACGGCAGUCUUUUCCUUAAAACCCCCAAAAUAGUUGCAGAUAAAGACUACUCAGUUACAGCCAACUCCCGUGUUGUUGUAGUCACAGCCGGAGUCCGUCAGCAGGAGGGGGAGAGCAGGCUGAACCUUGUACAGAGAAACGUCAACAUAUUCAAGCACAUCAUCCCUCAGAUAGUGCGAUACAGUCCCGACUGUAUCAUCAUUGUUGUUUCCAACCCAGUUGAUGUUCUGACCUAUGUGACCUGGAAACUGAGUGGCCUUCCUAAGCACCGCGUCAUUGGCAGCGGCACCAACUUGGACUCAGCCCGCUUCCGCUACCUGAUGGCCGACAAACUUGGGAUCCACUCGAGUAGCUUCAAUGGGUGGAUUCUGGGAGAACAUGGAGACACAAGUGUGCCUGUAUGGAGCGGAACGAAUGUGGCAGGAGUCAACCUGCAGGUGUUAAACCCUAACAUUGGCACAGACUUUGAUGAAGAGAACUGGAAAGAAACUCACAAAAUGGUGGUCGACAGCGCAUAUGAGGUGAUCAAACUGAAGGGUUACACCAACUGGGCCAUCGGUCUGAGUGUGGCCGACUUAACUGAGAGCCUGAUGAAGAACAUGAACAGAAUCCAUCCUGUCUCCACCAUGGUGAAGGACAUGUAUGGGAUCAGUGAAGAAGUAUACCUGAGUCUGCCCUGCGUGUUAAACAGUGGCGGCAUCUCCAGUGUCGUAAACAUGACCCUGACAGAUGAAGAGGUUGCCCAACUGCAGGCCAGUGCCAACACUCUGUGGGACAUCCAGAGGGACCUGCGGGACAUCUAACAGACCACGAGGGGGCGACAUAACAUCAGACCUUCACUCUGCAGUCACAAAAAGCCAUUCAGUGUAUCUGCACCUCUCUCACUGCUUUCUGUAGAAUUUGGUCAAAUUUAGCAUUAGAUGUCACUUUGAACAUUUAUUUUUGUUGGAGAGGGGAUAGAAUGGUUUUAAAUUAACAAAGUGAUAUGUUUUAAUGCGUCGAGGUGCAAUG